AGGGCACUUGUUUCCGGAAAUGCUUAACUUAAAGAAGUGCGGCAGACCGGAUGUUGUACGAGCUGUUUCCGUGUUUUUCCGGAAGCCGGCAAGGGAGCUAAAUUCGCAGCAAUGGCGUCUGGAGUAGAGGCUGAGGCCCGCACGGAGACCCCGGAGGACAAGGAGGAGGAGGAGGAAGAAGAAGAAGAAGAGGAGGAGGAGGAGGAGGAAGAAGAAGAGGAGGAGGAGGAGCGGCCCUUGACAGCGGCCGAGGUGCUGGCUGCCCAGAAGCGGGAGGAGAGAUUGAGGAAGUUCCGGGAGCUGCACCUGAAAAGGAAUGAAGCCCGGAAAUUAAAUCAUCAAGAGGUUGUGGAGGAAGAUAAAAGACUUAAGCUGCCGGCAAACUGGGAAGCUAAGAAGGCUCGUUUGGAAUGGGAAUUGCAAGUCGAAGAAAAGAAAAAGGAGUGUGCUGCAAGGGGGGAAGACUAUGAACGAGUGAAGCUACUGGAGAUUAGUGCUGAGGAUGCAGAAAGAUGGGAAAGGAAGAAGAAGAGGAAGAAUCCAGAUCUGGGCUUUUCAGACUAUGCAGCUGCUCAGUUACGCCAGUAUCAUCGGUUGACCAAGCAGAUCAAACCUGAUAUGGAAACGUAUGAAAAACUGAGAGAGAAACAUGGAGAAGAGUUCUACCCAACAUCCAAUAGUCUUCUUCAUGGAACACAUGUACCUUCUACAGAGGAAGUUGAUAGAAUGGUUAUAGAUCUAGAAAAACAAAUUGAAAAACGAGAAAAAUACAGUCGGAGACGUCCUUAUAAUGAUGACUCUGAUAUUGACUAUAUUAAUGAAAGAAAUGCCAAGUUCAACAAAAAGGCAGAGAGAUUCUAUGGGAAAUAUACAGCUGAAAUCAAACAAAAUUUGGAGAGAGGAACUGCUGUUUAAACUUCAGGGAACAUUGAACAUGGUAGUAAAUUUGAAAUAAAUUGCUAUCAGUGAACUGUAGAAAUAAAGGAUUUAUACUCUUGUAUUCAACACCCAAA